CUUUGUCCCUAAAACUUCUGUUCACGUUCGUCGCAUCGAUGUGUAUAAAUAGGAAACAACCAUUUGGGUGAGGUUCGUUUCGAUUUGGUCUUUCCUCCCCAAAAAAUAUUAAAGAAAGGAGAAAAAAGCAAAGCCCCUCUCUUCACGCACAUCAAAGCACCAAAAACAAAAACCGAAACGCAUGCAUUUCUAAUUUUCUAUCUUCUUUUUAACUUCCUUCUUCUCCACCAUUUUUUUCAUCAUCAUCAACUUCUUCUCUAGAAGACUAGACCUCUCUCUCCUUCAAUGGCCGUCGAUGCUCACCAUCUCCUUCUCCCUCCUCCUCAACUCUUCUCCAACAGAGAAUUAAUGAUGAAUAAUACAACUAUGGAACCAACUAGUGGCGGUUUCUGCAAUAACAAUCAAACCGUCGUUUCACCUUUCUCCGUUCCUAACGAUACAACAACGACAACAGCAACGCCUCCUCUUCUUCACAUGUACGGCGGCGCUGAUACUAUUACGACCACCGCCGAUUACUACGCCGAUGGUUCUGCUAAUCUCGACUGUGAUUUUUUCCCUCUACCUACGAGAAAACGCUCCAGAGAUUCUUCUAGCAGAUCAAACUAUUAUCAUCAUCAUCUUCUUCUUCAGAGCCCUAGAUCAUCAUCAUCAUCAUCAUGUAUUAACGCUGCUACUACUACUCCGAUCUCGUUUCUUGGUCAAGACAUUGAUAUCUCCUCUCACAUGAAUCAUCAACAACACGAAAUCGAUCGAUUCGUCUCCCUUCAUAUGGAGAGAGUGAAAUAUGAGAUAGAAGAGAAGAGGAAGAGGCAAGCGAGGACGAUAAUGGAAGCUAUAGAGCAAGGACUGGCUAAAAGGCUUCGAGUCAAAGAAGAAGAAAGAGAGAGGCUCGGCAAGAUUAACCACGCGCUUGAGGAGCGAGUGAAGUCACUCUCCAUGGAGAACCAAAUAUGGAGAGACCUUGCUCAGACCAACGAAGCCACCGCUAACCACCUCCGAACCAACCUCGACCAGGUACUGGCGCAGGUUAAGGACAUACGCGGCGCAGGAUUAGAGAAUAACAUGAACGAAGAGGACGAUGCGGAGUCGUGCUGCGGAAGCAGCUGUGGUGAAGAAACGGUUAGGCGCACCGUAGGUACGGAGGCGCAGGAUAAGGCGGAGAGGAGGAGGAGGAUGUGUAGGAACUGUGGGGAGGAGGAAUCGUGUGUGUUGCUGUUACCGUGCAGACACUUGUGCUUGUGUGGAGUUUGCGGGUCCAGUGUGCACACGUGUCCCAUCUGUAGAUCUCCUAAAAACGCUAGCGUUCAUGUCAACAUGUCAUCUUGACCCCGUUUAUGGAUAUUACUUUUUUUUCUUUUUGUUAAUGGAAGUCUUAUUUUUUUCA